GCCACUUCUAGUUGACCUCCUCACGUUGAACCUCAUCAAUUUCUUGACCAUUCCCUUGUCAAUUUCGUAAGUAUUCUCUCCCUCCCCCUCUCUUUCCCUCUCUCCACUUAUCACCCUCAACUUCGGUGAGAGGGCUCCUAAAUACCAUCGCCACAGCUCGUUUGGAUUGAACGAUUUCGGAAGAAAAGAAAGGGGAAGGAGGGAGAACUCAAUCUCUCCUCCGAUUGGAUGAUCCACAAGGCAGAGAGCUCAGAGAGGGUGAGGAAGGGCGGGAGACGAGAGGCCCUCAAAGCCCGUUUUUGUUUCUCGCCACUUGGCGCGAUUCAGUGAGAAAGGAGAAGAGAGAGGCAACUUCUGGCAGCGCGUGCGGGCUACGACGGCGUCUUUUCGUCGUCAGACCAGUUGCUGUGCGGUCGCCGGAGAAGAUAGAGGGGAGUUGCAGGUCGCCGGAGAAGAGACGCUCCGGAGAAGAGACCAGUCGCCGCCGGAGAUGGGAGUUAGAGUUUGAUUUCUCACGUGUAUUUGGAUGGGUUGGUGAGAAACCACACCCCUUUCUUUUCUUCUCUCACUAAUAAGGGAGACCACUCCCCUUUCUUUCCCUUUCUCACCUGGGCAGCCAAAGGGGCUGUUAUGUACUAUCAUGGCAGCUCAAGCGGAAGUCUCGUACAACGCAACCCGUAGUGGUGCAGUUCAAUCAGAUAGAUUUUGUCGUCUCUUUUCGCUUGAUGAGGUACUAACAGCCACUAACAACUUUGAUGAUGCAUUAGUCAUUGGGAACGGGGGGUUCGGUAAAGUAUAUAGAGGCUUGAUUAAUAAUGACAAUAAUUGUACUGAAAUUGUUGCUUUAAAACGGUUGAAUGCUGAAUCCAAGCAAGGCGCGGGAGAGUUUUGGACAGAGAUCAAGAUGCUUUCAAAGCUCCGGCAUAAUAAUCUUGUUUCAUUGAUCGGCUACUGCAAUGAACUUUUGGAGAUGAUCCUUGUUUACGAAUAUAUAGAUGGAGGGACCCUUGCCAAUAAUCUUUAUAAGCUAAGUAGUAUGAGUGUUUCCCCUCUCACGUGGGAGCAAAGGCUCAAAAUUUGUAUUGGUGCUGCCCGCGGACUAAACUACCUUCAUGCUGGUACCAAUCAAAGUUUCAUACACCGUGAUGUGAAGACCACAAAUAUUCUAUUGAACGGUAAUUGGGUAGCUAAGAUUUGUGAUUUCGGGUUGUCAAAAGGGACUAUAAGUCAUUCAAUAACCCAUGUUAGCACAGAUGUGAAAGGGACGUUCGGGUAUUUUGAUCCAGAAUAUUUCCUAACCCAGAGACUAACCACGAAAUCUGAUGUGUAUGCCUUUGGUGUGGUAUUAUUGGAAGUGCUAUGUGGGAGGCCACCCGUGGAUACUAGACUGGUUGAGGAGCAAAUUGGUUUAGUUGAAUGGGCUGAACAUUGCAUCAAAAAGGGAAAACUUGAUGUAGUAAUUGAUCCCUCCCUCAGUGGACAAAUAGCACCGCGUUCUCUGAAGUCUUUUGUUCAACUUGCUAGCAAAUGUUUGCAUAAAGGUCGAAAAUCUCGGCCAACGAUGGCUGAAGUGUUGGGCAGCCUCGAGCUCACAUUAGUAUCACAACAGAAAGGAGGAACAGAGGGUAUAAUCAGCAAGGCAUUUCUACUAAUGGAUGGGUGGUUGAGGUUCAGGAAGGACGAUGGUUCCUUAAAGGGACAAUCAAAGGACAUGACUCGAGAACCAGAUGAAAACAAUGAUUCAUACAGUCAUUCUUCACUCAUUGUGGAAGGAUAUCGGAAUACUGCAUCCCAAGAUGUACAUGCACCGCUUUCUGUUAGCCAGCGUGAUUUGCGUUCUACGUGUUACACUGAAGAAACAACCACUAAACAGGUGACAUUUAGCGACCCAUUCAGUAGUACUGAAGUGGAUGAUCUUCAAGUGGAGGGGCAGCAAAAUGAGAGCGAGCCUAAUGCUAAUCGGGUUUCCAAAAACUCUACUUAUUCAAUAUCAGUUGAUGAUCCCACCUCUUCGUAUUCUCCUUAUUUACCACCAGUACUCGAAGAACCUUCUUCGUCUGACUCUGAAGCUGGAGAAGAUGAUCCACUACCUGGUAUAGAGGACCUCCAAAUUACAGGUGAUGCUUUUCCUGGAAAGGAACUCCAAGCAUGCGGAAUCUCUAUUAAUGGAACCACCAGUUGCAACUUUAAGUGGGUACGCCAUCAGGAAGAUGGAUCCAUGGACUAUAUAGAGGGGGCAACGCAUCCUAAGUAUCUUGUUACUGCUGAUGAUAUUGACACAGUUCUCGGUCUUGAAAUCCAGCCUCUGGAUGACAGGAAACGCAAGGGUGAAAUUGUAAGAGUCUUCGCCAAUGGGCAUAGAAAGAUCACCUGUGUAAACUCACUGCCAUAUCCAGCUGGAGAAGAUGAUCCACUACCUGGUAUAGAGGACCUCCAAAUUACAGGUGAUGCUUUUCCAGGAAAGGAACUCCAAGCAUGCGGAAUCUCUAUUAAUGGAACCACCAGUUGUAACUUUGAGUGGGUACGCCAUCAGGAAGAUGGAUCCAUGAACUAUAUAGGGGGGGCAACGCAACCUAAGUAUCUUGUUACUGCUGAUGAUAUUGACACAGUCCUCGGUCUUGAAACCCAGCCUCUGGAUGACAGGAAACGCAAGGGUGAAAUUGUAAGAGUCUUCGCCAAUGGGCAUAGAAAGAUCACCUGUGAUCCAAAAAUGCAGAACUCCAUAGUGAAGACACUUCACAAUGGCCACGCUUCUUUCAGGGUAUCCUUGUGGACUAGGUAUCUUGAUAUAUGGGAGCUUGCUACCUUGACAAUCAAGAGUGAAGGUUACAGUAUCAAGGGUUCUGAACCUAAUGGUGUUCUAGUCACUGAGAAGUUUUUGCCAACCACAAGGGUGACUAUUGCAUUCGGAAAUGCAACAGGAUUUUCUAUAAUACGUUCAGGUGGUGUUGAGCUUAGGUUACAAGAAGAAAAUAAUGCUGAAGAUGAAGAUGUUAGCUGUUCAAGAGAUGCAAUUGUUCUCACCUUGAGAUUAUUCAUUAUGAAGGCUGCUGAGAGAAAAAAAGGGAAGAGAAGGAAUUUGAAUUUGUUCUUUUAAGCUCGAAACCAAUCAGUGAUCGACUCGAAGAAGGCAGCCACUUCACGAAGGCGACCGUUUACUGCAUCUUGCCUAGUGGUUUGUUGUGGAGGGUGAUGUAAAUUGAAUGAGGAGUCGGUGAAUUACUUAGAUUUUUUCUGUUGUUUGCGUACGAUGUAUGUACCUUUCACAGCGGGCUCAAAUUGGCUCGAGGGAUGGUUAGUUACAUGGGUUAGUUUUUGUUUGCAAUUUUCUCUAAAAAAGAAAAAACAAAGCAGAACUUCCAUAUUUUUUGUGGGUUCUAAACAAAA